AUGCCAAAAACAAAAAUAGUAGAAAGUGAACCGAUUUCAGAAAAUGAAGAUCUAUGCAGUAAAUAUUGGUGUGAUAAUGGAGAUAGAUGGGAUUUCUUUACCAUGAUAACAGGUUUAUUAAUGUUAAUAAUGGGAUUAUGUUGUUCGACCAUUGAAGUUGGUUAUAUAAUUUAUACAUAUCGUAUACAAUGCUACUGUGUUGGUUUAUGGUGUUCUGCAGGUUUUCUAUUAAUUGGUACUCUUGCUAUGGGAUUAUAUCAUUAUGAAUCAGUUCCAUCAGCAUCAUUAAUGUUACUUUGUGUAAUGUGUGACUUAAUAUUUGGCAUAGUUAUGCCACUGAUUGCAAUUGCUUUUACAAUUAAGUGUGGCAAAUUAAAUGUUUUUUAUUAUCCAAUCACAAUGAUUUGCAUACUAGUUGGAUUAAUAAGUAUUGUACAUAUAUUUUUUGUAACAACAGAACUGUUAAAAUUACGACGACAAUUCUAUCGUGAAGGAUAACUCAGUGCCGAAAAAGAAGCGUAUUCCAAAAACCAAAAAGAUGGAACAAAAUAAUGAAACAUUAUAAAGGAAGAAUUAAGUUUCUCUGGAUGAUCAGAACAGGUAUACAUAUAAGUGGUUUCUCUUUUUCAACAAAAUGCUAUAUAUUCAUUAAGAACGAUGAAAAGUAAGAUCUACAUGUGUUAUUUUAAUAUAAUGUUUGGUUCAACAAAA